AUGGAAGCGACCCAUCCAAAAUCGAUUCUGCAGUUGCUCACCCAUCCAAAUCCAAAGACAAACGAUAGGGUUCACAGCUAUGGCAAUUCGUCGUAUCAAGGUUGGAGUGCCCCGCGGCAAAUUAUUCAGUGGGCUGAAUUCCAGGACCUUGAGAUUUUGAAGCACGCCUUCAAUGGCCGGUUAUACGAGGAAGCCUGCCGUGAACGCGAAGGCUUUCGAUGCUUUCCUGAGAUAUUUGAUCAGGAGUUGACCAUUGGUGGUGAGGUAGAAGUCAGAGACUUGAUCGUACGAUGGUCUAAAGGAAUCGUUUUAGCCGGUCAUAAACCUAUUGCAGAGGAGUUCCGCCCACUGCUUUGGGCCAAAGGGGACCGUCUAAACGCCAAGGAUGCUAUGACCCCUAUUUCACCACCAAAACCUGCAAGGGUUAUGGAGAUACGAGCCGCUACUUCGCCCGCAGUCAAAAGGCGGAGGACUAGUCAAGGCCGCGUUGGCAUUCAGGACUCGGGUGCGAUCUCCCCUGACACGAACGGUCCUAACACGAACGGUUCUGAAUCAGGAAAUACAACAAGCUUUAGAAACGAGAUGUUUCCAAUGGAAAUCAAGGUGGGAGCGAAGUGGAAAAGCGAAUGCUUGAAAACGAUGCUUAGCAAAAAUGGGGAAUGGAAAGGGGGUUCACAAAAGACGGCGCAAUCCCACGAGCUGGGGUGGUCUUAUCCAUCAUUGAGAGACUGUCUUUUGGGCGGCACAGAUUGCGGGGAACCCCCCAAGAUGGACGGAGAAAUAUCGAAAGAAUCUAACGAUAUUGCUUGCCAAGAGGUGGAAGAGCCUGAGCAAGGUGAAGUGGACAAAGAUGGGAGUCGCGUAGGGGCUGUUUCUGGCUCUGAGUCGUCUAGAGGGACUAGUGCUGGCUCGGAAGGCCAUGAUAGGACCGAGCUUGAUUCAAAGCUUUCCGGAGCGAAGCCCAAGAGAGGUCAAAAGAGGCCGAGGAAGAGGAAGCACAAGGGAUAA